AUAACUGCCACACCUCUAACAGAUGUCAAAUAAAAUACAUAUUGCCUUGCAAUCUAGGAUAAUCUCAUAUGUUUAGGACUAGGUGACAAACUUCAAUUUAUAGUUAGAAAACAACUUUGGGCAUUAGUUGCUUAUAAUGCACACACAUUUUGUUUAUUUUACAAUAUACAACCCUAAAGAUUGGCAUGAAAUUUCUUAUGGUACUAGUUCUCUGAUUUCUGCUCUCCCUUACCAUAGUGCAGUUUUUGGUGCUUACUCUUGGAACAUGCUGGUCUUAACAGUGAUAUUUGGAGAGAGAACAUUCCUCAGCUGUAUCAGCAAGCAGAAAUAAUACUUGUCCUUCACUGUUAGCCUGCUGCCUGUGUAACCUAAGGCUUCUUUUCAGCUGCUGAAUUUUGUAAAUCCGCUUACUACAGAUGACUGUGGUUGAAGUGUCUGGAGUGAGGAAUGUCAUUCUUCAGCUUUGAGAGCACUUGCACAUCUUUCCACCUAAUGGUUUCAAGCAUGCUCAUUAAUUUUUUCUAAACACAGUCAAUAUGGACUUUCCUAUCACUUGGAGCUAGAUGAGGCUGGCAUAAGCAAAUAUCGCAAACAUCCAGCAAGAGGUGAAGGAAUGCAGUUGUGAUCUGUAUGUCAGAAAGCAUUGCUUUUCUUAUGUCCCAUAAAGCUGAGGAAGUGGUGGCAGGGCUUAGGGGUUGAGGCUCUUUGAUAAAUUUUAGUUACCUUUUCUCCAUCUUGCCUGGCCUCGCUCUGUCUUUUUAGGUGCACAGGCCAGAAUUCAGCACAAUAUUCAAGAUGUUGGUAUAUCUGUAUCUUGUGCUGAUAUGUGAUGCCUCACCUUACUAUUGCUUUGUUUUCUGAGGAUACCCAUUUUUGUUGUUAACGUUGGGUUGGAGACAGACACACAACACAAUGCCGGUGUGUCAUCAGCAAACUGUGUUUUAUUGUUCAGAGCUUUCUUUUACAGGGAAUUCAAAACUCGUGGAUCUAGACAGCCAUUGGUCUGAUCUUUUAUGCCCCCCAGAUCCUGGACGAAUGAUAUGCCUGCAGCUUAGGAUGGAAUGUAAUUGGUUGAGGUUCCUGUCUUUCAACCCAGAAGCUGGUUUUAUGGAGCUGGCUGGGUAGCCAAAUUAAUUGCCCGGUACAAGCCAGCUUGUACUGUGAUAUAAUCUGGCAACAUUUUGUUGGCUUUUUUUGGCUGCUUUAGUGCAUUGAGCUGUUUGCAGAAACUGUUCAGAUGUAACAUAACUUUCAGUACAGUCUAAGUUUGAUACUUUUGUUGAUGCAUUGAGAGAAAAAAUGCAGUUAACAGUUCUGAUUCAUUGAGCCUCUACUGGCUUCUCAAAGAAUUCAAAGGCUUUUAAAUGAAUUCUUGAGUUGAAGUAAAAGAUGGUUUCUUUUCUGCCCAACAUUCCAGUCUGACCAGACAGCUUUUUCCAGAGCUGCUGUUCUAUUUCCUACUGAAUUAUAUAAUUUGGAAAGGUAAUUGUAUAUGACUCUCCUGAUAGCUAUGCUGAACAGUCUGGCCAGAUGCAAGUGUUUAGUUUCAAAACCUUCCUAUAAACUCUUCAUCCAAAUGGCCAAACAUUUCCUGGAAUUGUAUCCCAGAUAAAUGAUUUUGUGAAAAACUGAGCUUACUCUUUGACAUUUAAAAAAGUUUAAUAAGGGAUAAAAAGGGACAACUAUCCAGCCCUGGGGUGUUUUUGGCAAUUGGCCAAAAAACACACCUUUAGCUUAAAACAAUUAUCUUCUAUAUUGUUAUCUUACACGGAGUACAUGCAUAUUCAUGAGAGUUUAUACAUUAUUCAAACAUUCCUGGGAGUUUGAAUGUUACGGAAAUUCUUUUGCUUGGUUUUAACUUCUGGUGGGUUCAGUGCUGGCCAAUCACCAAUACACUCACUUCCUGUUGUGAGAUAGGAUUAGGAGAAAGGCAAAGUAGGCUCAAAACUUUUAAAGGGUACAAAAGAGAAUUUUAUUAAAAGUAACUAGAAGGGGGAAAAAAUGGUACUAAGAAUCAAAACAAACCCUUCAGAACACUUCUCCUCCCCCCCAACCUUUUCUUUCCCACUGACAAUGUAAAGAAACCAAACCUAAGAUUUCCGGUCAGUUUACCACCUCUAAAAUAGUCUUUCUUCAGUUCACUGAGGGAGAGAAGUCCUUCUUGUUAAGGUUAUGGAGACCUCUCCACAAGAGGAAGAAACCAGUUCUCUCGUGGCUAUCAAUUUCGUCACAAAUAGCAGCCGCCCGCGGAACCCUGCCAUUGUGAAAUCCUUCCCAUUUUCCACAAGCCUUCCCACAGCUUGUCAAUGGGCCAUGUUGACUUAUGGGGUACUGUUUUAAAGAUGAGCUGUUCAAAGGCAAAAGUUCUCAUUAUCUAUCUCUAAAAUCAUCUUCAUCCCUGGGAACAGAAAUCUUCUUCUUCUCCUGGAAGCACAGGACUACUCUUCUCUCUUCCUCUGUUCAAUCUUCUCAUGGGAUCACAGCUAUUUCAACAUCUGCUUAUCUUAGCAUAGAGGCUUUUGCUCAAUAUCAAUUUGAACACUUUCAUCUCCCCAUAGUCUCAUGCGUUAUAAGGAAAAAGAGUUCUUUCUCCAUAGCUUACAAAAGGAUUUCAGCUCCAAAAAAAAAAAAAAAAAAAAAUCUCCUCAAUCCUCCCAUCUGGGACUUAACUUCUUCUUCACUGACCUCGAUGUCUUCAUGUUGUUCCUUUACAUGCUUGCAUCUUGUUCUUUUCUCUCAUUCGAGGGAGAAUUGAAGCACUGAAAGGGUUAACAUCACACGUGGCCUCUUCAAAUGGUCACCUGACACCACCCCCCCCCCCCUCCCCAGUCCAGCUGAGUAUUCUAGCUGGCAGCUGGGGGAGAUGGCUUGGAUCUAAUCAGCCAGGCCAGAACUCAGCAGCAGCACGCCGGGAUUGGAGGGUUGCGGUGGGGGGGAAGGAGACUUCUCUUUCCCCCUGUCCGAUGGUUGCGGGCAACUUCUACGGCGGUAAAAUCCCGUCACCAACCCGGGGCGGAGCGGGUGCAGCCAGGCCCCGGGCUGGGGAGUUGUAGCAAGCAGCUAGAUGUUAGCAAGGCCGGCCCCAUUUGGCCCACGGCAUCCCCCUCUCCCUGCCCGGGAGCAGAUGGGGGAAGGGAAGGACAGCCUGCAGGCGACCCGGGGAAAAGGAGCCCAGCCCUGCGGCAGGGCCGGUGGGCCCGGCCCGGGAUGGGGCCCACCCAGCCAUGUUACCUUGCUCCUGACCAGAAGGGAAAGAGACAGUUCCCGGGAUUUUUCCGUCUUUAACAGGACUAUCUUACUGAGUGUAAUCUCUUUGCUUAAUGAGCCCAACACAUUCUCUCCUGCCAACGUGGAUGCAUCAGUCAUGUUCAGGAAAUGGAGGGACAGUAAAGGAAAAGACAAGGAGUAUGCUGAAAUCAUAAGGAAACAGGUUUUGGCUACCAAAGCUGAGGCAGAGAAGGAUGGCGUGAAGGUCCCUACUACACUGGCAGAGUACUGCAUCAAAACUAAAGUGCCUUCCAAUGACAACAGUUCAGAUUUGCUUUAUGACGACUUGUAUGAUGAUGACAUUGAUGAUGAAGAUGAGGAGGAAGAGGAUGCCGACUGUUAUGAUGAUGAUGAUUCUGGCAAUGAGGAGUCGUGACCUGCUCCCUCUAUGCCCCUGUACUGCCCUGUCAACUCAGGCCAGAAGGGAGCAGUGGUAACCUAGCAGCAGUCCAGCAAAAAAGUAGUGGUGGGAGGGGGGGGAAUCAAAAAAACUGUCUCCUGCUGUCUCCUGUUGUAUGGAUCUGUUUGCUCCUUUUUUAUGGACCUCUUAGAGACCCUCCACAGAAUGUCUGAAUUCUUGCAUUCUUAACCCUUUCAUCACUGUAUUAUGAUUUCUUUUUUAAAAAGAAAUUCCCUUUUUCACUUCUACAAAAUGCUCACAGUGAAACAGGUUUGCUUGUGUUUAGAUUCUUGAAUUAAAUACAGUCUUGUAUUGAGAUGUUUAAUGUAUUUAAAGCUGGAAUAAACCCAUUGGAAGAUGAAUUUUCAGGACCUCAAGUACUGCAUUUACUGGGAAGAAAAAAUCCGCACAAAGCAAAUUGCCAGGGUUUAGCUUCUCCAUUUACAAUAAUAGUGUGUAUACAUUUGUUUAGCCUUGUGGUGGUGGCUUUUCCUUUAUAAGGUGUGGGGUGGAAAGUGUAAAGCUACUGUGUGUUGAGCUUGAUGGGAUGUUACUGAAAGGUACAGGAAUCUGUUUAGUCUGAUCAAAUUAGGAAAUAGCUGGCCCCUGGAUCCCCAGAGGGCACAAUCAGCUUUGCCUCUGAAAGAGGCUUGUGAUAAAAUAAACACUUAACACUUCACAUCUGUACAACUGAGCCCUGGGUUGCAUUAUUUUUUUCAGACUAGGUUUGGGUUGAAAAAGUUUUGUUUAGCCAUUCUUCUGGGAUCUGCUGUCAGCUGCCCCUCUACUGAGGGAGGAAAACAGAAGUGGAUUCCACUGCCCAGUGGGCCAGCAUUCAUUCUGAACUUCUUUUUGGCAGUGGGAGAGUCCCCUUCUCCGGUACUUGCUAGUAGCCCUUGCUUCCUGUAGCCCAAAUCCAGUGCUGGCCUGAGCCUUCUUUCUGUUGCUUAUGUAGGUCACCUGUUGGUAAAUGCAGCUCUGCUGUAGCUCUGUGGGGUUGGCAGAAGAUAAAGCUCCCUGGGGCAGCCAGGCUGUUCCUGUGCCUGCAGUGGCUUCUGGGACAUAGGGCAGAGAGAUGGAUGUGUGUUGGGCUCUCUCCUGUCUGGCUGGCUGGGGCACAGGUGGAUGUGUGCAGCCCCACAAAGAGAAGGGUACACAGUGCUUUCAGGCUGAAAAAGAAAGGCAGCAAUCAGGGUUUGACAGCCUAUUUAGGAGUAUGCUUCAGCUGGUGCCCUGAGCUCAGCCUCCUGCAUGAUUUUGGGAGCUCUUGGCAGAGCUUAAGGCCCUCAGCACCCUCACCCUAUUGCAGUGUGCUCUUGUUCAGCUGUAGGGCAGUGCCCUGAAUUGACCUUUCACAUGGAUUGGCAGCCAGCCCUGCCCUUCUGCACUGAGCCCUGGCAGCCCCAGGAGCAGAUCAGAGGUGCCGGCCCUGCUUGGGUGAGACCCUCUGUUCUCACAAGAGGCAGUCACCCUGAUAAGAACUGCAGGCUCAGGCAUUUGGUAUAGCUUGGUGGUUUUAAUGAUACAUCACCAGCUGCAGUCCCUCAAGAGGUACUUUGGUGUGAGUAAAUUUUGUUCUGUGAUCAGCUUGGUGGGAAGCAAGGAGCAAGAUGAGAGUGAGCAAGCUUAAAGUGUGUUGCCUGGAGAGAGAGGAGAAGGCAGCCCUCGGGGAGGGGAAGAAGGCCUGUGGGGCUCUGUUUGAAGUUAUCAGAGUGUUGCUUGGCUGGGGUUUUCUGCAGCAAGGACAGUCCUUGUCCCUCUGCCCCAGCUUGUGUUAGUGUGCCUUCAGCAGAAUGAAGGCAGCCCAAGUGGUAAUACCUUGUCUCCAGUGUGUUCUGUGAUGAUCUCCCCUCCUGCUUGCUUUUUACCUGGGGAGGCAGCUGGAACCCUCCUGAUGUGUCCCACAAGGGCUCCUUCAGGUCAUCCUUCCAUCAAAGACUAACAGCCCCUGGUGCUUUUUGGAGCCAGCAUCGGAGCCCCCCCUCAGCUCCCAGCUUCACACUAGCCCUGGGAGGGUGGUGCCAGUGUUGGCAAAUGGGCCUCUGGCACUUGAUGCAAGACUGGUCUCAAGGCCACACUGGGCCAGGAACAUUAGUCUCCAGCUUUGAGGGGCUCUUGGGGGCAUGAAGGAACAGAGUAUGGCAACACCGGCUGUGCUGACUUGGUUUGAAAUGAUACUGCAUCUUUCAGGAUUUCCCUUGUAUUUUUGACUGUCUUCACUGUUCACUGUAUGCUCUCCAGUGAGUUGUAUUUUCAAGCUUGGUGUUGUAAGAUGCAUUAUCUCAUGUUAACCUUUUUAAACACAAAAAGCAACCUAUUUUGAGAGCUCUGACCAUAACCAAACUAAUUUCUUUUCCCCACUGUCCUGUGCAGUGUCAUUGCUUGUUGACUUGCUGGCUUCAUUUUUUGAGAUAUAAAUUGAAAUGAGGGUAUUGUGUUUGGUUUUGGUUUUUGGUUUUUUUAAACCUAUUUAAGAAAUUGUGGAAAAAUGUUUACCUGAUCUUUGUAUUCUGUUUUUUUUUCUUAACCUUUUCCUCAUCUCAGCUGAUACUAGUGUUUACAUUUGCAACUACCUGCCCUUUCAAAUGCAGUUUUCAACCAUUCUGAAAUCAGCAGGGUACACUACAUUUCUUAGUAGUUUUCUUAGCUGAAAUCCCAGAUGGUUUCCUUUUUUUCUUCAGUAUAAUUUAACAGAAACAAUUAACUGAUGCAUUUUUGUCUUGUCUUCCCCUUCAGUAGUUAUGUUUUGUCUUUUCUGCACAUCUAUUAAUAAAAAUGUGGAAUGAAAAUA